AUGUAUCAACGGCAGGGCUGUUCACAAGAUGACAGCUCUUCGACGGGCUCCGUCGAUCUCAAGGCGGUCAAGCCAGCCUCCCUUCCAGACUACCCGCAAGAAGGCGCUCUGGCGCUGGCGGAAGAGCGCGGAUGCAGGUGCUUCCUUAAGUCCGUGCUAAAAGGAGUCAGUCUUCCCACGCGGCUAGAGGCUCCCACGCGGCUAGAGACUAUCGAGAUCAUGUCGUAUCGGGACAUUCCAAGUUGGGAGAGACCGGUGUCUCUCAGAUUUCAUGGGUUGCCGCCAAUAUAUCAGAGUGCGGGGAUGGUCAGCAACUUUGGAGCCCAAGUCGCCUGGAAUGAACAGUCACAUGAGCUGAACACACUUGAGAAGUAA